AUGUUCCAGCUUAUUCUCAGACCUUCCGUCUUCAGAAAUCUCAUCAGACACACUACAAAUAACGUUCGAAUGUUCUCAUCUUCAACACCAACCUUUCCGUUUAUGCUGAUUGACUACCUCACCAACUUCUCAUCCGUUGAAGACGAUGGACCUGUGACAAAAUGGUAUGGAAGCAGUCCCCCAAAUUGCUACAAUCAAAAGGAAAUCUUGAUUAGAGACUUGAAACUCAAGGAAGAGGUUCUUGAAGCAAUGACUUCCGGAUUUUCGCGUAAUCAGUCAUUUCGAUUAUCUGAUUUUUAUCUCUCUAGUAUUGGUGAUAAGUCUCAUAUUCUCCUCAAAAACAAACUCUCUGACCCGGAGUACGGUGAGGAGUACGAGGGUGAGGACUUGGAUGAAGAUGAAAACUACAACGAUGUGGUGAGAUCAGUGACGCACAAAACGAAAAAGUUCAUGGUGUUUAGAGAGAAAGAAACAGGAUAUGCUGAAGAAAAUAAAAAUGAGAUUAUUAUCUACACAGAAGAAGAUGAUAAGACUAUGAGCUACACUGAAGAUAUUGGAGAUUUGUGUAUUUUUGUUGGACAUAGUCAGGCUUACUGUGUCCCCGCCAGCUCGUCCCCUGGACUCAAGCCUAACUGCAUCUAUUUCGUGGGCUAUAGCUUUGGUGUUUAUGAUAUCACCACAAAAACAUGCACUACCUUCUUUACCAAAGAUGCUGACGAAGAAGAUAAUGAUAUAGUUCCAUUGAGGAGAUUGGAUUUCCCUUACUGGCCUCCACCAUUUCCUCUCUAG